CCUGCCGAGUGUCUGCAUCCAUUUAAAGCUCACGAGAUCUGUACUUCACAUCAACUGAUCUCUGGACAAAUAACAAAUCCAGAAGAAAUCAAAGAGCUCAAGAGAAACCUGUGUCGCGAAAGUGAAGAAACCCUUCAUUGGAGGAACCCCUGAAGAAAUCAUGAAGAUUUUCAACGACUCCAUUCACGGUCACAUUGAAGUUCAUCCUCUGCUGGUGAAGAUUAUAGACACGCUUGAGUUUCAGAGGUUGAGGAACAUCAAACAGCUGGGUGCAGGAUACUGGGUUUAUCCUGGAGCUUCACAUAACCGCUUUGAACACUCCAUCGGGGUGGCGUAUCUAGCUGGACGUCUGAUCAAAAGUCUCCAAGAAAAACAACCAGAGCUCAAGAUAACAGAUGGAGAUAAACUGUGUGUUCAGAUCGCUGGUCUGUGUCAUGAUUUAGGUCACGGUCCGUUCUCUCAUCUGUUUGACAUCAUGUUUAUUCCUGAGAUCAGAGGAUCUGGUUUUCAGUGGAAGCACGAGAAGGCUUCAGUUGAGAUGUUUCAGCACAUGCUGGAGACUAAUGAACUCAGAGAAGACAUGAAAGUGUACGGACUGAAUCCAGAUGAAGAUCUUCUCUUCAUUACAGAGUUAAUUCAGGGCGUCAACACAUCCGACACACCGUGGACAGCGAGGGGCCGGACUGAAGAGAAAUCCUUCCUCUAUGAGAUCGUAGCAAAUAAACGCAACGGCAUUGAUGUGGACAAAUGGGAUUAUUUUGCACGAGACUGUCAUCAUCUCGGUCUUAGCAACAGUUUUGAUCAUCAGCGUCUGCUGAAGUUUGCACGCGUGUGUGAAGUGGAGGUUGGAGAAGAGAAAGUGCGACGGCCGUUUAUCUGCUUCAGGGACAAGGAAGCAGAUAAUGUUUAUGACAUGUUUCGCACAAGAUACACACUUCACCGUCAGGCCUACCAACACAAAACAGUCAACAUUAUUGAAAUCAUGAUUAAAGACGCUCUUGUGAAAGCAAACGAUCACCUGAAGAUCUCAGCAGCCAUAGACAACAUGGAACACUACAGCAAACUCUCAGAUCAGAUAUUGGAUCAGAUCUUGUUCUCGUCUGAUGACAAGCUGACAGACGCUCGAAUGAUACUCAAGAAAAUUGUUAGGAGACGUCUGCCAAAGUUUGUAGGAGAAGUCAGACUGAUGCAAGAUGAAAUCUCAGAGAAAACACUGAAGGAAAACUGGACGAGAGCGCUGGAGAAAUGGAAAAUAAAGUCACGUGUGGAUUUCAUGGUUACUGUGAUUCACAUGGAUCACGGCAUGAAGGGUAAAAACCCCAUUGACAGCGUCUAUUUCUACAGCAAGAGAAACAUCGGCACGGCCUUCCAGAUGAAGAAAUAUCAGCUGUCCAGUUUUCUGCCGCAGAGGUUUUAUGAACGGCUCAUUCGGGUUUAUUAUAGUGGAUCAGAUGAGCAGAUUCUCGAGGAGGCUCAGAAGUGUUUUGAGCAGUGGUGCAAAAACAUGUUUGGACUUCAGACUGAAGAAGAAGAACAUUGAUAGACCACAACAGGGUUCAGAAAUGAAUGAGAGAAUUAAACUGAAGAGGACCAAACUACCUUAGAUCAUAGAAAUGAAAAUGAGCUUUGAAAAGCUGAAAGUGAAAGUGUGUCUGAAUGGAAAUGGAGACAAAGAUCAUCAGCUGAUCUGUUUUGAGUAUUUCAUAUACGUGUCUUUUGUAGAAUCAUUAUACAGUUGAACCAGUGAAACUAUUAACUUCACAUUAAACCA